AUGCCCGUGCUACAUGUAGCGGACCCGGAAUUGAUCAAGGCCAUUAUGGUGAAAGAUUUCCAUUUGUUUGUGAAUCGCCAUAAAGUCAUGAAAGCCGGCAAUUCUGUGACGAAACACAAUUUGAAUCAUUUGACGGGCGAGGAGUGGAAAAGGGUUCGCGCGAUAGUGUCGCCGACAUUCAGUUCCGGCAAAAUGAGGCAAUUGUGCGCUCGGGUCCGGGAUGCGUUCGCUGUCCGUAUCGACGCCUACGACUCGGCCGGCAAUGCGUUUGUGGCGAAUGCCGUCAAUAAGUUUCGCUUUGGUGUCGUCGACGAGAUGGCGUCGUUCGCACUGCCGGUAUCUGUGCGCCGAUGGCUCCGCCUGUCGGCCGCCCCUAACGACUCGUUUUUCGUCGACUCUAUUCGACGCAUACUAUCGAUGAGGCGUCAAAAUCCCAAUGACAAGCACAACGACUUCAUCCAAUUACUUAUGGAUACGGAAGCCAUCAAUACCGGAGAGGGUAUGGACGAGGAUAGGGGUCUCAAUACGAAUACACAUCACGAUAAUGAGGGCGAAGAAGAGUCAGAAAUUCGGAAAAAGGUUUUCGAUAUAAAACUCGCGAAUAAACGACUGACUGAAGACGAGAUCGUGGUGGCGUCAAAAUCCCAAUGA